AUGUCGGCUACCACUUCUGCAACAACCUCAGAUACCACCUUUGCAACCACCUCUACUAUGUCUGCAACCACCUCUACUACACCUCUACUACAGUCUACUACAGCUUUGCCACACCUCUGCUACACCUCUGCUACACCUCUGCUACACCUCUGCUACACCUCUGCUGAUAUAGAAAAACCUCCACCACCGCCGCCGUCAUCAUUACCACAACCGUCAUCACCACUACCAUUAGAUAAUUAUGACAAUGGCAGUGGUGAUGACAAUAAUAAUCAAUGCGAAAGCAUUCUGGCAUACAACAAUCUUUCAGAGCAGUCAGGGUAUUUUUUUGAGAAUUCUACAUCCGCGAUUCAGCCGCUGACUAUGACAGACGUUAUCGCCCCGACUGUUGGAUUUGGCAACACUUUUGACGGGCUACAGACGGCACGGCCGGUAACGUACAAUCUACUCGGUGGGAGGCUAUCUGCAUUAAAGAUAAAUUUGAUAGGUCUCUCGAGGAACUAG